ACCGACAUUUUUUGCUAAAGGGAAAAGGCAAUGACAGUGAAAGGGAGAUGUAUUUUGGUGGGAAUUAGAAUUGAUAGCAAUAGCAGACACCUCCUCAAUUGGGCUAUAGUCAAAGUUGCUCAUCCUUGGGAUUCUGUUCUUGCAAUCCAUGUUGUUACAUCUCCAGAUUAUGUUUCUGAAAGCAAGGCUUUGGUAGAUGAUUAUUUAGAGGUUUAUGAAGGUUUAUGCGAUGCAAAAAAGGUAGGUCUCUCAGGUCGUAUCUCGACAGGAAGUUGUAUCCGUAACAUUCUCAUCAGAGAGGCAAAAAUCCACGGUGCCACUGCUCUAGUGGUAGGGGGUGGAGUUUCAACUGCUAAAUAUUGCGCGAAACGACUACCAGGAACAACUGAUGUUAUUGGUAUCCAUGGUGCAAGAAUUGUCUUCAGAAGCUCCAUCGAUAAACAGCAACUAAUAGGUGGUGCUAUAGAGGAUCCUAGACCGAGUCUUAUGAGCACAGUGGUCCAGUCUUCAUUUGGUGACUAUAAUGAGAAAUCAAGAGACCAAGAAGAAAUGAAAGUUUCAUCAAUAUCUGAUCAGAAGCUUGGGUGGCCACUUCUCCGAAGAGUGCAUACAGAUAUCUCAAGGGACAUUUCUGUAGUGCAAUGGGUAAUGAAUUUACCAGAUCGCUCAAAUCACAACAAUUCAUCUCAAAUUGAGAAAGAGAACUAUCAAAAACUUUAUUGUUCCAAUUGCUGCAAGUGGUUCCUCUUUGAGGUUCUCAGUUCUUGCACUUGUCAAUUCUCUUCAGAAAAUGUGAUUGGGAUUGGAGGAAGCAAUCGUGUGUACAGAGGAACCCUGCCUGAUGGGAAACACGUGGCAGUCAAAGUUAUGCAGUCAUCAAAAGAAGCCUUCAAAGAUUUUGACCUUGAAGUUGAAAUAAUGUCCUCAUUGAACCAUACACACAUCACACCUCUACUUGGUAUUUGUAUUAAGGAUGGCACUUUUAUAUCUAUUUAUGAUUAUUUCCCCCAAGGAACCUUACACCAAAAUCUAAGUGGUAAGAACAAGGAUGGAUCUAUGUUGUCAUGGGAAGUCAGAUUUAAGGUAGCUGUUGGGAUUGCUGAAGCAUUGAAUUACCUGCACAACCAAACUUCCAAGCCUAUUAUACAUAGAGAUGUCAAGUCUUCCAACAUUCUUCUUUCCCACGAGUUUGAGCCACAAUUAUCUGAUUUUGGACUUGCCAUGUGGGGACCAACAACUUCAUCAUUUGUGAUACAAGAUGAUGUGGUAGGAACCUUUGGUUAUCUUGCACCAGAAUACUUCAUGUAUGGAAAGGUCAGUGACAAGAUAGAUGUUUAUGCUUUUGGUGUGCUGCUACUUGAACUUAUAUCAGGGAGGGAACCAAUCCACUUCAAAACUUGCAAGGGACACCAGAGUUUGGUUAUGUGGGCAAAACCAAUUAUAGAGAGUGGGGAUUUUAAAAGCUUAUUGGAUCCAAAGUUGAAAGAGAAGUUUGAUGCAUCUCAAUUCAACAAAAUGGUUCUUGCAGCAUCUCUAUGCAUUACACGGUCUGCGCGACUUCGUCCUACAAUGAAUCGGGUAUUGAAGAUCUUAAAAGGAUGUGAUGAGAAUGUUGAAAACAUAUUUAAGUCUCAUGAGAGUGAUCAUGAUCAUUAUUCAGAAAAUGAAGAAAAUCUUGAUGAAGAAGUCUAUCCAAAUUCAAGUCCAGAGUUGCACCUUAGCCUUGCAUUACUUGAUGUUGACAAUGAUACUACAUCAUAUAGUAGUAUAGAGAACAUCAAUAAUAAUGAACAAUUGAAAGAACGAUGGAGCAGAUCAUCUAGUUUCAGUUAGCUUCUUAUAAUUUUAUGAAUCCCGUGUUACUUAAUGGGUAGCAUUUUGUAUAUGUCAAUAAAAAAUCUACGUCCAUAAUCCUAUAAUAAUGUUUUGGAAGAUUUAGAAUGACAUAGUUUCCAUUUGAAGUAUC